CACCACCACCACCACCACCACCACCACCACCACGAUGCCUCCUCCAUUGAGAGCAUUGGCAGACCUCAUUCCUCCACCUACUCAGAUCGAUGAGGAUGGUGGUUAUGAUAGUCAUGAGGAUGACGGAGUGCUCAACUCAUGCUCAGAGGAUGAAGGGGACUUGGAACCCCUUCACGAGGUCAUCAAUGUUGCUGGUCCAUCGCGACCCGUAAACAGGUCCGCAUCGGGACUGGCAAGUAAAGUGGGUCAAAGAAAAGCUUUACUCUUCGGCAUCAGUACGCCCUCAAGACCCGGUCCAUCUCGGAUGCAGGCUACUCCUCAGUCGAAUGCUCAAACGGCGUAUGAAAAGACGUAUUACUACUCGGUCCAGUGGCGUAAACCACAGACCAAGAAACACAAAACGUGGGAUGGCGAUGCCUAUCUCAAGAUUGAAGGGAACAGAAUCAUAAUGCUGAAUGAGGAUUCGGACAAGAUGGGAGCCUCCACCCUCGUUGGAGAUGCUCCAGUCGCUGGUUGCGAGCUUCGAAUAGGAGGGUAUGAGGUCGAGGUGGACAGCGAGAUAUCGGCUUCGGAAUUCAAAUCACGCACCACAUUCCUCAACCGGCCUCAGGCCCUCCCUGCAGCCUACGCUCCAUCCACUUUCAAAGCCCCGUUCAAACCUCCUACCCAGCGCCAAGAACCGCGGCAGACAUUCAGUGGUAAUAUCAUCGCCUCUGGAUAUACCAGGUCACUGGUGCCUGGCAACUCGUCCAAUGAUCCCGAUGCACCGCUGGCAGGUCCUUCAGGCGUCAACAAAAUGAAGAGUUUAGUUGCGAACGUCCGAGCUGGAAUCAGCGAAAGCAAAUUCUAUGCUCCGAAAAAGGCCGAGAAGAUUGUCAUUGGGGAGAAGAGUAAUAGGCAGAGGACGAAAGAAUGGGGCGGUGCGUUGCAUGAUCCGAACGCAGAAGACGCGGUGGUCAUGCAGCGUCCUGCGUUCACAGAUGCGGAGCGAAGGAAGACUGAUAUUGUUGAUGUCGUGCUGGAUCCUUUACUAGCCUCGAAGAUGAGAGAGCACCAGAAGGACGGGGUAAAAUUCAUGUAUUCAUGCGUGAUGGGCUUGACCGGUGCCAAGGCACAAGGCUGCAUUCUGGCAGAUGAGAUGGGGUUAGGAAAGACGUUGCAGACAAUAGCUCUGAUAUACACGCUCAUCAAGCAAUCGCCUUUCGCAAAUGAGACAGGAGUGAUCAGCAAAGCUCUGAUCGUCUGUCCUGUGUCACUAGUCGACAAUUGGAGGAAAGAGUUUCGAAAAUGGUUGCGACCUGAUCAGCUCAACGUGGUGGUCGCCAACGGAGAGGAUCAUCAAGUCUCUGCAUUCAUGCAUCAUAACCGUCAACAUGUCCUCAUCAUUGGCUAUGAGCGAUUGCGUAAAGUCAUCAACAAGCUCGCCUCAUGCCAGCCGCCUAUCGAUCUCAUCAUAUGCGAUGAGGGCCAUCGCCUCAAAUCCAAAGACAACAAGACGACGAAAAUGUUUGAUGCUCUCAGGACGAAGAGACGGAUCAUCUUGUCGGGUACACCGGUGCAGAAUGACUUGAGCGAGUACUACUCGAUGGUCGACUUCACUUGCCCUGGACUGCUUGGCAAGUAUGCGCAAUUUGUCAAGCAUUACGAGCGGCCCAUUAUGAAGAGUAGAUCAGUGGGUUGCUCCGAGAAAGCAUUGGACGAAGGCAAGGAGCGAGCGGAGGAGCUUGGCCAACUGUCCAGGGAAUUCGUGCUGCGUCGAACAGCCGCGGUGCUGGACAACUACCUGCCACCGAAAUACGAAUACGUUGUGUUCAUCGCACCGACCACGCACCAGUUGAAGGCAUUUGGAAGGAUCUUGAACCCCGAGAUCAUGGCACAAAUCCUUCGUGGCGAGUCUGAUAAGCAGCCAUUAGGAUACAUCGACUUGCUUCGCAAAAUCUCGAACACUCCGACCUUGCUUCGCGUAAAAAGGGACGAUGAAAGUAGUCGCUCCGAGCACCUCGUCAAAAUGGCGAAGACAGCUUUGAAAGAUCUACCGGACGAUGUUCGCGUGUCCGAUGUUACGGUCAGCGGCAAACUUGCAGCACUAGACCGUCUAUUGCACAUCAUCUACAGGAAGACUCAGGAAAAAGUUGUCAUCGUCUCAAACUGGACAUCCACUCUCAAUAUCAUUCAGGAAGUUUGUCACCAGAAAAAGUACAGCUAUCUUCGCUUGGACGGUACUACUGCCCAGAAGAGUCGUCAGGAGUACGUCGAGUCAUUCAAUAGGAGCAGUCGAUCAGAAAGUUUUGUGUUCCUGCUCAGCGCAAAGGCUGGAGGUGUUGGACUCAAUCUCAUCGGUGCCUCUCGUUUGAUCCUCUUCGACAGCGACUGGAACCCAUCCACCGACCUUCAAGCAAUGGCUCGCAUUCAUCGAGAUGGGCAGAAACACCCAGUAUACAUAUAUCGCUUUCUCACAACGAACACGAUCGACGAAAAGAUCUAUCAGCGUCAAAUCACCAAGGUUGGACUGGCAGACCAGAUGCUCGAUCAGGGAUCAACGAAUCAAGGGUCCAAAGACUCGUUCUCCUCGGCGGAGUUGCGAGAUAUCUUCAGACUCAACCUGAGGACUGACGGGUGUCAGACUCAUGACUUGUUGUCCUGCAGAUGUACCGAGGGCAAUCACGUUGAGGGUCCGGGAUCUCUGAGUGGGAGUGAGGAGGAUGGAAAUGCAAGCGACGAUGGGAAACCUAAAUUCAUCUCAGCGUCGCAAUAUGACCCAGAGCCGACUGGCAAAAUGAAGCGCAAGGCGGCGGCAGAACAGCAAGAGAAGCUUGCUGCGCUGAAACAGUGGACUCACCUGGAUGGUUUUGACAAGACGUCGUUCAACGCCAUUCAAGAUUCGAUGCUUUACAAGAUGCUGUACGAGGAUUGGACGCCAGCCCCGACCAAGAUGGAAUCUAGUAUUGAAUCGGUCGAUAGCAAAGUCGCCUCUAGCGAGGAAGACUCUGCGAAGGGGCCCGAGUCGGAUAACGAGGAGGAUACUGAGAUAGUCCAAAAGCCGAAAAAGAGAAUCAAAAACAAAGUCAGCCCCCCUGCGAUCUUUCAAGGUCUGGAGGGAGUGCUGGACUCAGCUAGUGAAGAUGGCGACGAGGAGGAAGAGCAUAACGACGUGGUGAUGGACAGUGAGGAAGACGAAGUGGGGACGGAUGCUGGUAGGACGAGCCGAGUCGAGUCUCAACCUGCAUCGGCGAGGCUCGCCGAAUUCGCAUAUGUGCCCGAAACAUCGCCCAGCAAGAUGUCUUCUGGGUCCACGGGGGAGGAGAUGGCGAAAGGAAAGCAAAGUCUGGCAGAAGAUGGCCUAUCUGAUGCGCCUCGGGCCUCUGCACGUCUCACGACUGGACGAAAACGCGAUUCUGAUGGGAAGAGCAAAGGCCAGAGCAAGGUAGCUGGCACGCAGACAGCGGAGGACGACUUUGGCCAUGGGCGGCGCAAGCAUGACCUCCGCGACGUCGCUGCUCAAGGACAGGCGGGAAGGAUCAUGUUCGUAUUUGAGCGCAUUUCUUCGAGUUCCAUGUGAGGAGAUAAGGAGCGCAGCAGAUCUGAGGCACGAGAAAGAGUUACGAGACUAUGAUAGACCGAUAGAGACAACCAUUCAUGACCUCCCAGCAUCAAGACUAUGUACGCAUGUAUCCUGUGCA